GAAGGAAAACUUUUUCAUUUGUGUGGACUGAUGGGUUGUUGUAUUCGCGUGUUAGAACUCCAGAACGACUUUGAAUGAACUAGUAAUUUGAAAUAUUGGACAAAAUUUUAAUACAGUUAUUAUUGAAACUCCUAAAAACGCGAUUUACCACGACGAACUCACACAUAAACAUCAAGAACUCUCCGGUCCGCGCCAGACGUAAGCGAGCUGCUUGCGGUAAAAUGGCAAUUAAAUGUCUGCAUUCUGACCAUUCGUCUACGGAUGAUCAGGUCAAAUAUCAGAAGACUCAGGCUGAAGAAGAUCAAAAAUUUAAAGAAAGUGAAGGUGCUGAUAAUGCAGGUGUUUUAUAUGUCCUACCCCAUCUUAAGCAUGACUGGUAUCAGAAGGGUGAAGUUGUUGUUGUCCAUUUGUAUAUUAAAAAUUUUAUCAUGCUUGAUACAGUCCUUUAUGAAGAUGAAAUUCAGGUUAAAUUUUCCACCAGGAAUGAAGCAUUUCUGAAGAUGUACUCUGGUACAUCGGAAAAGACUUUGUUUUCAUGGAAUCUUCUACUCAGCGAGAAAGUUGAUCUGGAAACUUCAAAGAGCAGAACGUCAAAAGCCAUUAUUGAGUUAUCGUUAAAAAAGACAACCCCCAACCGAUGGCCUGGCUUAACACCACCACAUAUCCCAGAAAAUAUAAAGGACAGUAAUUCAUCAAUCGAUAGGCCCUUCAAACAACUAGUGAAAAUUCCAAACUCAGAUACAGUGUCACUGUCCAAAGAACCAAUGACAAAUGGAAUUCAUGAGAAUUCUAAUAGUGAAGAGAACACUGAGGCUGCUCUGCCUAACGAAUCAACCAAAAGCAUACCUAUGGAAGAUAAAGAAAAUGUUGGUGAAGAAGUUGCUGCCAGACCUGAGGAAAAACUACUUCAAGGUGGGCAUGCUGAGACACUAAAAGAAAGUGACUGUCCUCUGACAAGUGGGUCUUUUGUGUCCGAGAAUCCUUGCAACUCCUGUGAAACUUCAGAUAGGGAAAGUGCCAACUUAGAUUUUGCUGAGGAAUGUAUACCAGGAGCUGUGGAUAGUGAUGACUUAACAGAAAAUUGUGAUACAAAAACUGGACCGCAAUCUCAACCACAGGCAAAAGAUAGUGUAAUUAGAACUCCAUAUGUACACACUGAUUCAUCAAAUGGGCAAGUAACUUUAGACAAACCUGUUGAAAAAGAAGAAACAGAACAGGAUAUGUACUCUCAGGUUCAACAUGUGGCAGGGACCUCUACUGCAGAAAGCCUGACAACUUCAUUCAGUACUCUUUCCACUUCUGUGCAACCUAGUACAUCAACUUCGACCCUUCCUUCUGUGUCACCAUUUGACUCAAAUUUUAGUUCAGCAGGGGAAGGAACUAUACCUCCACCACCUCCAAUUCCACCACCUCCUUCCUCGCACACACCUGCUGUGCGUGGAUACAGUGAUGGCCAAGUGAAGACUAGAGUUAUGGGUGGAAACAACAGUAAUAUUAAUCACCUUCCGUUCAGUGAUGCCAUUAAAGCAGCAGCGUCCAAGGGUACCAGCAGCAGUAGUUUUGAUGAUGAUGAUGAUGAUGAUUAUUAUUCUGAUCAGGAGUUGUCCUAUGUUGGCCUCACAGGGUUGGAAAACUUGGGAAAUACCUGUUACUUGAACUCCAUAAUCCAAUGCUUAGCUAACACAAGACCCCUUAGGGACUUCUUCCUUUAUGAACAGUUUAAAGAGGACAUUAACACAGAGAAUCCUCUUGGGACUGGAGGAAGGCUUGCUCUCAUUUUUGCUGACCUAAUGAGAAACUUGUGGUCUGGAAAAGACAGAUCAUUAUCACCAUAUAAACUAAAGGGAAUUGUGGGUGAGAAAGUCUGUCAGUUUAAAGGGUUUAUGCAGCAGGAUGCUCAGGAAUUCAUGGCCUUUUUAUUGGAUGGCCUUCAUGAGGAUCUUAACAGAGUCAAGAAGAAGCCCUAUGUAGAAGAGGUGGAGGGAGCAGGGAGGCCCGACACUGAGGUUGCAAAUGAAGCAUGGAGAAGAUACAAGAGCAGGAAUGAUUCAGUGAUUGUAGAUUUAUUCCAAGGACAAUUGAAAUCCAAACUCACUUGCCCAGUGUGUAAGAAGAUUUCAAUAAAAUAUGAUCCCUUUAUGAAUCUGUCCGUACCACUGCCAAAAGAUCAGAAAAAGCUGCCUGUGUAUAUUUUCUUCAAAGAUUACAACAAAGUUCCUCUCAAGAUUGGGGUGAAAAUAGCUUUGGGCGCUAGUAUCGAACAGUUCAAGUGUGCUGUAGAAAGAUUUACUGGAAUUCAGCCUGAUAAUAUGAGGGUUUAUGAAGUCUUUAGUGGCAAAUUUCACCGCGCAUUUGACAACGCAACCAGCUUGUCUUCUGUGAUGUCAACUGACAUAAUAGUUGUUUACGAAGUGCUCAGUGAAGAGGAGGCAGGCGAACCAGUGUAUGAAGUACCAAUUAUACAGAGAACAGUGUGUCCACGAGUGGUGCCCUCUCAUUGUGCAAGCUGCUACAAGCAUCCGGGACACAAUGAAACACUACGGAGAUGCACUCAGUGUUGGGGGAUAGGAUAUUGUAACAUGCAAUGCCAAAAAGAUCAUUGGACAACUCAUAAAAAGACAUGCAAAAGGGUACCUCAACCCAUUGGAUUACCCUUCGUUAUCAGCAUUCCUGCUUCAAAAGCCACCUUCAAACGACUUCAAGUUAUGGCGGAAGAGUAUGCUAAGUAUUCAGUAAUUGUUCAGCCCGGUGAUAGCAGCCCGCCGACCUCGCCAACAAAUGUUGACAAAUCGACCCCAAGCGAGGACUCCGGCGUUACCUGUGUGGUGGGUCCCCCUAAAGGCAACGUGCCCAAGUUCUACGUGAAGCCUGUCACAGCUUUUGGAGAUGCUGUCAUUGGACAAGAGGGAAAUCGCCUUUCAGAUGAAGGAUCAAAGCCGCUGGAUUUGGGGAACAAGUACUUUUCAAUUGACUGGAGGAAUCAUCCCCGAUCACCUGAGUUUGUUGACGUGGUAGAAAAAAGAGACUGGGAUUUCGUAGAACAUUCGUCAUACAAAUCAGGGAUGAUUACAGAGUCGUACAGUUGUUCGUUAAACCAGUGUUUAGAGUUGUUUACAGAACCGGAGACAUUGAGUGAAAACGACGCUUGGUACUGUCCUCAGUGUAAAGCCCAUCGUGAGGCCACCAAGCAGUUGUCUGUGUGGCGUUUGCCGGAGAUACUUAUCAUUCACCUCAAGAGAUUUUCCUUCCGGAACAUCUUGUUUAAAGACAAGAUAACUAAAUUAGUCGAAUUUCCGCUAAGGGGCUUGAACAUGUCUAACUUCACUCUUGGUAAAGAUGACAACGAAGAAUCCUUGUACGAUUUGUUUGCCGCGGCUAAUCACAGUGGGGCAGUCAGCUUUGGUCACUACACCGCAUUCGGUCGGCUGGCAGAGGCGGACCAUCCUACCACAGAACUGGGUCGUGAUGGCUUGGGUUGGCGUUAUUUUGAUGACCGGCAUGUCACGGAGACCCAUGAAGAGCGUGUCGUGUCCAAGUACGCUUACGUGUUGUUCUAUAAACGGCGGCCCACUGUAAAGGAUUUUGUGAAACAAGUGAAACGCCCUAAACAAGAUGUUGAUUCCAAUAUGGAAAGCCUCGAAGACGUUGACGAGAACGAGCUAGAUUGAAGACAAAAAAAUUGUAAUAUAUCUUGGGUAAAUGCGUCGCUAAAAUUAUAACCCGUAGCCCCGUCUAGAUUUAGAUCUUACCGUUUCCUAAAGAUAAAAUUAUGAACUGUGGAAAUAACUUUCAACAGUGAAGCUGUCUAUUUCUCCAACGAGGAGAUUGACAAGGCGCGGAACGAUAGGGCUCGACCUAAAGUUUGAAUGUCUUGGUCAGGUUUAAGGAAACGUUAAUGGUUUUUAAUGCAAGCUUGUAAUUAAGUUCGUUUUAGGUUUUUUUCUUUGGCACAUUUAGCAUUUGUUUAAAAGUCAACAUCUUGUCUAGCCCUGUAUGCUUAUCUGUACAGUUGGGGUUUUAAAGUUCGUGAUAUUUCGCGUCCAACUAUUUUUGUACUGAUGAAGGAUAUUUUUAAUACAUAGGCCUAUUUGGUUCCAUUAGUUCUAACUUACUCUAAUUGUUCUAACUUGAAGGAUUAAUCUUUAAUAUUGUUUACAAUUAUCAAAACCACUCGCCACAGCCCCAUAGCGCAGUUUGGCAGACUCAGGGGUAGGGGUUGCACUUUUCGAAAGGUUCCAGGUAGGAUAGGGUGUGGCGUUUCUCCCAGUUCUGCUUAUGAAAUGGUUGCGAGGAGAAAUUUACAGUAGAUCUGAAAAACUGAGUUGAUACUAGGAUAGGGUGAGUAAAAAUGUAAUUUAAGUAGCAGCCCUAUAACAUUUACAAUAAAGGAGAUAUUUGCAACUGC